AUGGAGCUGCUGUCGGUUUUUGUGUCCAUAAGUCGAGCCAUUGGCUUGUGCAAUCUGCGCUAUGUGGCGGAGCGGAAGCGUUUCGAGUUGGAUCACGGACUAAUGCUGGGCUACUGGCUGCUCCUGAAUGUGGUCUAUGUGGUGCUGACGCCCGUCUGCUUUGUGCUCAUGGUGAACAGCUACUACAGCUGCCAGGGCAUGGACAUGUUGUCCAUGGCCUACAGCUGCGUCUCUCUGACCAAGUCGUGCUCGCUGUUCGUGGUGCUGGGCAGCGUUUGGCUGCGACGGCAGCGCAUCAGACGCGUCUGCAAUGGCUACAUGCGGCUGCUGGAGCGCUUCACGCAGUACCAUGCGAACUAUAGCUACUGGCGACGCCACCUCUGGAAGCUGCUGCUGAGCAAUACGCGCUUCGUGGUGCUGCUCAAUCAGCUGUUUGGCCCCGGCAGCGCGCUGAUGUGCGGCGUAGACGAUGAUGAGGUCGUGACUGGCCUGCCGCCCAUCUACAUCGGCCUCUCGGUGGCCGUGCUGCUGAUGGACCUGCUGGCCAGCUGCACAGACAGCCUGGCCUACUGCGUGGUGGGCACCAGCAAUCGACUGCUCGAGUGCAUGUCGCAGGAGGCAUUGGAGCUGACUCGAGAUCUGCGCUGGCUGCCGCCGUCUCGUGGCCGCCAUCGCGCUGUCUAUCAGCGGCAGCUCUUGGCUGCCUGGCAUCGGCUCUGGCACAGCUGCCGGCAGCUGGACAAGCUGCUCGUCGAGCUGCUGAAAAUCUUUCAGGCUCUACUCCUGCUCAACGUCUUCACCAACUAUUUGACUGAGAUUUCGCUGUUCUUCAACUUGGUUGUGCUCAUUGCCGAUGCAGAGUUCAUUAGUCCAUGGCGUUGUUAUUUCUACUCUGUGGUCUGCCUAUCAUUUCACUUUGACAUCCUGCUAACCUUCUCCAUAUUUGGCGCAAAUCAAGUGAAGUGGAAACAUUUGUCCGUCCGACUGCAGCAACUGUGGCUCGCUCUGAAAGCUACGCAUGUGAACUUCAGGAGCGACACACAUUUUAAAAUAAAUUCCAUAAUAUACCAAUUUAACUCAAUUUUACAGCUAGAAUUCGCUAUGAUCUAUUUAAAUCGCCGACUGCAGCCGCAACCGAGAAAAGUGCGAAAUCUACAAAUUAUGGGUCUAUUCGAUAUGAAUCGUGGAUUUUGGAACUCGAUGAACGCCUCCAUAGGCAUGAAUGUGCUCAUUCUAUGGCAGUUGGCAUACAAGAACUAUUAUUGAAGCAAUCCAAUUCACAUUCACAUUUACAUUUAAAAGCUAU